AUGGUUUGCAAGUUCGUGUUAACUCUUACUUUGAUCGCUGCCGCUAAUGCUGCCGUAGUAGUGCCGGCAGCACCUGUUUUAGCCAGGAAUGUUGAACUUGAGGAAUACGAUCCACAUCCUCAAUAUAGAUACGGUUAUGAUGUGCAAGAUACCUUGUCCGGAGAUGCGAAAGGUCAUGUGGAAGAACGAGAUGGUGAUUUGGUUCGCGGCGAAUAUUCGUUGAUCGAUGCUGACGGCUUUAAGCGUACUGUGUCUUAUACCGCUGAUGAUAUUAACGGUUUCAAUGCCGUUGUACGCCGUGAACCGCUUGCAGUAGCUGCUCCCGUAGUUGCCGCUGCUCCAAUAAUUAAAACUGCUCCUCUUGUCGCUGCUGCCCCAGUUGUGAAAGCUGCUCCUCUCGUAGCAGCCGCGCCAGCCGUGAGAUCAGCUCCUCUAAUCGCUGCCGUUCCUGCCGUUAGAGCAGCCCCUCUAAUCGGUGCCACUCCUGCUAUUAGAGCAGCUCCUCUAAUCGCUGCCGCUCCUGCUGUUAGAGCAGCUCCUCUAGUCGCAGCCGCUCCUGCCGUAAGAGCAGCUCCUCUAGUCGCCGCCACCCCAGCUGUAAGGGCAGCUCCUUUAUAUGCACCAGCUCCUUUUGUGAAGGCAUCUACACCUCUUGUAGCUCCUGCCCCAAUAGUUAAAUCUGCUCCUCUCCUAGCUGCUCCUGUCAAUUAUUUUGCUCCAACAUUUGCUGUUAGACAUUUCUAA